AUGAAAAAUGGAAAAGGACAGAGUGUUUUACAUGUUGCUGUCAUCCAUUCGUUUCCUUACAUAUGGAUUCGUUUAUUACUCAUGAGAAGAGCCGAUCCAUGUACUCGGGAUCAAGAUGGUUAUAUACCAGCACACUAUGCUGCUGAGAAAGAUGAUUUAGAAAUGUUGAAGGCACUAACGACCAGAUUUCAUUCCAACAUAAAAAAUCUCUCAACGAUACAACAAAAUGAAAUCUGUAUAAAUUGUCAUAAGGCAUUAGCAAUAACAGAUAUUUUUGGAAGGAAUGUAUUCAUGCAGGCUUGUUACAAAGGAGCAUACAAAUGCGUAAAGUACCUCCAAGAACAACGAUCAAUUGAGAAUGUGGAUAGAACAGAUAUCCAUGGUGAUACACCAUUACAUUAUGUUGUUGCACAAAACAAUAAAAGUCUAGCUGAAUUUUUGUUGAUCGAGUGUGCAGCUGAUGCUAAUGGUGGAGAUGAAAAACGUCCUAGCCCAUUAGACGUAGCUUUAUUUAAUCAAAAUUCUGAGUUAGAAGAAUUAUUGAAAUCAAGAUGUGGUAAAUCACGCUGUUUCAUAAAACGUAUUAUUAAAAAACGAAAAAUAUCAGAUGAUGAACUACUUGAAUCUAGUAUGGAACGUUUAUCAAUCGAACCAAUAAAGAGAAGUGUUUUUAAGACAUCUUGA